GGUAGCACCCACCACUUCCGCUGUUGACAUCUGCUGGAGGUGUUUUCCAAGUUAAUGCACACUAAUCUUCUGUUUUCGUUAGUUUAAACAGCAGCAUCUGAAAACAACUACCGUUAUUAUUAUGACCCAGUAAUGAUAUUGGUUUCUUUCGUGCGGACUUACUAUGAUGUAAUACGGAUACUUUGUCAAUUUCUGGUACCCGUUAGCUUCCGCAGCAGCAGGUAGCUAGCUAGCUAACUAGCUAGCAAGGUGGGUGCGUGCGUGCGUGUGUGUGUGCGUGUGUGUGUGUGUGUGUGAGUGUGUGUAUGUGUGAGUGCUUUGGUCAGCUAUGCUGACACUGGCGAGUAAGCUGAAGAGAGAGGAGGGGGUGACAGCGAGAGGAGGUCCCGCAGGCUCCAACGAUACCUCGCACAGAGUGUCCAUCAGAGAUCGGCUACUCAUUAAAGAGGUCUCAGAGCUCGAGGCCAACCUUCCCAAUACCUGCAAGGUCACAUUUCCUGAUCCAAACAAGCUCCAUUACUUUCAGCUUGCCAUUUCUCCAGAUGAAGGCUAUUACCAGGGUGGGAAGUUUCAAUUUGAAAUUGAAGUCCCUGAAGCCUAUAAUAUGGUGCCCCCUAAGGUGAAGUGUUUGACGAGAAUAUGGCACCCGAACAUUGCAGAGACGGGGGAAAUCUGCCUUAGCUUACUAAGAGAGCAUUCAAUCGACGGCACAGGCUGGGCACCAACACGCACACUGAAGGAUGUAGUAUGGGGAUUGAAUUCGCUGUUCACUGAUCUUUUGAAUUUUGACGACCCAUUGAACAUUGAUGCGGCGGAACAUCAUUUACGGGAUAAGGAUGACUUCAGGAGCAAAGUGCAGGACUUCAUCAGAAGUUAUGCAAGAUGACGUGCGCUACCUUGCGUCACUCCGCUACAUAACGCCUACUCAACGAGCCCUGAGUGCAAUGGACACGAAACCCUCAAUCAUUGACAAAUGCCAUGUGAAAGAAAUGACAUGUGGCUUGAAUCGCGAGUUCCCGCGUGUCAGGAAAGGGAUUGGUGGGCUUGUCUUUAGGUUUUGUUUGUUUGUUGUUUUUUCUUUAAACUUGUUCAGGGCUGUCUGAGGAAGCCCACAGUCUACCACAGCUGGUCCUGCUUCAUGCUGUCGUUACAGCUGAUAAACUGCAAAAGAAAAUAAAAGCAAAGAACUAAAUAAAAAUAUUCAUGGGAAUGAUGAGACAAAUGCUCUCUGAUGUCACUCAUGUGCUAGUGCCUCUGUGACUGUGAUGCUGGCGACAGAAGCACGCUCAGAAAGCUGACAGCUUGCAAGCACCCAGAUCCAUUUAGGAAGUGUACCAUUUUCACACAAGGGGUGCUCCAGGGAUGAUAUAAAACAGAAAUAUAUAUAAUCUGGUGAUACCUCUGUUACCUUUGACAGAAUGCAGAGACUAUUGUAACUGUUUCUUGGGGUAUUUUGAGUUACUUGCACACCUGUAAGCUUUUGUGUGCGUGCGUGUGUGCGUGUGUGUGAUGUGCGUAAAACUGUUCUUCUUUACACAAGUGCAUGUUGUUGAAGUGCAUGCAAGCGACCACUGCGACGUUGGUACUGUGUAUGUGUGUGUGAGAGAGCAUCUUAUUUGGUAGCAUGCAAUGGGCUACUGAUCUGCUCAGCCAUAACCCUAAGAAGCUAGUGAGAUUAUGUUUUGUUUUUGACCCUGCACACCCCCCCACCCCCCAAUCUCCAUCCAUUUCCUUUUCUAAGUUGUAUUAUCCAUUUGUAAAUAUAUUAAAGAUGGGUUCUACUAUGA